CGAAUCGUAAAACUGGUGCGAGGUCCACGUUUCAGACAUUCCAGCCACCGACGAGUGAGUGAGCAAGCGAGUGUGAGAUCUGAAAGAGAGCGAACAUGUUGAGCUUCGGACGUCGCCUGAUGGCCGGUCGGCGUGGGGCAGCAGUUGGUGCCUCGGUAGGCCUGCUUGGAACCGCAAUGGUCGCCAUCAACCUGCUGUCGUCCCCAUCCGGGGUUGCCGCGUGCUCAUCAGCUCAACCACCUGCAACCGGAGCAGAUGGGAAGGUAGCUAGCUCGGUAUAUGACUUCACCGCGAAUGAUAUCGAUGGGAAAGCGGUCCAGUUGGGUCAGUAUCGUGGUCAUGUGUUGGUCAUCGUGAAUGUGGCUUCAAACUGCGGCUACACCGAGGGUCACUACAAAGAGUUCAACGAGCUGCACAAGGAGUACGCCGAGUCGAAGGGACUACGCAUCCUUGCAUUCCCAUGCAACCAAUUCGGUGGUCAGGAACCGGGUACAAACGCCGAGAUCAAGCGAUUCGCCGAAGCCCGUGGAGCCAAGUUUGAUAUGUUCGCCAAGGUUGACGUUAAUGGUGAUGACGCCCAUCCGCUCUGGCAGUACCUGAAGCAACGUCAGGGUGGCACAUUGGUCGAUGCAAUCAAGUGGAACUUCACCAAGUUCAUUGUGGACAAGCAGGGCCAACCGGUUGGUCGGUACGGACCAACUACCAGCCCGCUGGAGAUGCGUCAGGAACUGGAAAAGUACCUCAAUCAGUAGGUGUUCGUUGCGCUCCAUAAUUAUGUAGGCCUCAGAAGGCGUUUCUCUCGAAGCCCGUUAUUUACUCCAAUAAAAUCGUUUGCAUUUG